GCGAGCGGGCUCCUCUCGCCCUGUCAAUAAUCUCCGCUCCCAGACUACUCCGUUCCUCCGGAUUUCGAUCCCCCUUUUUCUAUCUGUCAAUCAGCGCCGCCUUUGAACUGAAAAGCUCUCAGUCUAACUUCAACUCACUCAAAUCCGAGCGGCACGAGCUCCUCCUGUAGCCUCGGCUUCCCCCCCCUGCGCGCUUUAGAGCUGACUUCUUGUUGUUGUUGGUGUGUUUUUUUUCUUGCCCCCCUUUUUUAUUUAUUAUUUUUUUGCACAUUGAUCGGAUCCCGGGGAACGAGAGAAAAAAGGAAACCCUAACUCGCGCGUGCAGAAGACCUCCCCUCCCCCCCCGCUCCCCUCCCCAGGAGCACAAGACCCCAAAGCAGGAAAAAAAAGUUCACCUUGGACUCGCCUUUUUCUUGCAAUAUCUUUUUUUUUUUGGGGGGGCCCCAACUUUUGGGGGUAUUUUUUUUUUUUUUUGCUUUUCUUCCUCCUUCGUUUUUCCUCCAAAAUUGCUGCUGGUGGGGGAAGAACAUGCCGCAGCUGAACGGCGGUGGCGGGGAUGACCUGGGCGCCAACGACGAGCUCAUCGCCUUCAAAGACGAGGGCGAGCAGGAGGAGAAGAGCUCCGAGAACGCCGCGGCCGAGCGGGAUCUGGCCGAUGUCAAGUCGUCGCUCGUCAAUGAAUCAGAAACGAAUCAGAACAGCUCGUCCGACUCCGAGGCGGAACGACGGCCCCCGCCGCGCGCCGAAAGUUUCCGCGACAAAUCCCGGGAAAGUUUGGAGGAAGCGGCCAAGAGGCAAGAUGGAGGGCUCUUUAAGGGGCCGCCGUAUCCCGGCUACCCCUUCAUCAUGAUCCCCGACCUGACGAGCCCCUACCUCCCCAACGGAUCGCUCUCGCCCACCGCCCGAACCCUCCAUUUUCAGUCCGGGAGCACACAUUACUCUGCGUACAAAACGAUUGAACACCAGAUUGCAAUUCAGUAUCUCCAGAUGAAAUGGCCACUACUUGAUGUCCAGGCGGGGACCCUCCAGAGCAGACAGGCCCUCAAGGAUGCCCGAUCUCCAUCCCCAGCACACAUUGUCUCGAACAAAGUACCGGUGGUGCAGCACCCUCACCAUGUCCACCCGCUCACGCCUCUUAUCACGUACAGCAACGAACACUUCACCCCGGGAAACCCACCCCCACACUUACCGGCUGACGUAGACCCCAAAACAGGAAUCCCACGGCCUCCGCACCCUCCAGACAUCUCUCCGUAUUACCCACUUUCGCCCGGCACCGUAGGACAAAUCCCCCAUCCGCUAGGAUGGUUAGUACCACAGCAAGGUCAGCCAGUGUACCCAAUCACCACAGGAGGAUUCCGCCACCCCUACCCCACAGCUCUGACUGUCAACGCGUCCAUGUCCAGGUUUCCCCCUCACAUGGUCCCACCACAUCACACUCUCCACACGACCGGCAUCCCUCACCCGGCCAUCGUCACGCCGACCGUGAAGCAGGAAUCCUCCCAGAGUGAUGUGAGCUCCCUCCAUAGCUCAAAACAUCAGGACUCCAAAAAGGAAGAAGAGAAGAAGAAACCCCACAUAAAGAAACCUCUUAACGCAUUCAUGUUGUAUAUGAAGGAAAUGAGAGCGAAGGUCGUAGCCGAGUGCACGUUGAAAGAAAGCGCGGCCAUCAACCAGAUCCUCGGGAGAAGGUGGCAUGCGCUGUCCAGAGAAGAACAAGCAAAAUACUACGAGCUGGCCCGGAAGGAGCGACAGCUUCACAUGCAGCUGUACCCCGGCUGGUCCGCCCGGGAUAACUAUGGGAAGAAGAAGAAGAGGAAAAGGGACAAGCAGCCGGGAGAGACCAAUGAACACAGCGAAUGUUUCCUAAAUCCUUGCCUUUCACUUCCUCCGAUUACAGACCUGAGCGCUCCUAAGAAAUGCCGAGCGCGCUUUGGCCUUGAUCAACAGAAUAACUGGUGCGGCCCUUGCAGGCGAAAAAAAAAGUGCGUUCGCUACAUACAAGGUGAAGGCAGCUGCCUCAGUCCACCCUCUUCAGAUGGAAGCUUACUAGACUCGCCUCCUCCCUCCCCACACCUGCUAGGCUCCCCUCCCCAGGACGCCAAGGCGCAGACUGAGCAGACCCAGCCUCUCUCGCUGUCCCUGAAGCCCGACCUGGCCCACCUCUCCAUGAUGCCCCCGCCGCCCGCCCUCCUGCUGGCCGAGGCCGCCCACGGCAAGGCCCCCGCGCUCUGUCCCAACGGGGCCCUGGACCUGCCGCCCGCCGCCCUGCAGCCCGCCCUGCUGCCCGCGCCCGCCCUGGCGCAGGCCUCCACCUCUGCCCUGCACCCCCACGGCGCCCUGGCUGCGCCCCAGCCGCAACCGCUCUCCCUCGUCACCAAGUCUUUAGAAUAGCUGUAGCUUCCUCGGCCCUGGUCGGUUCGUGUGGUGUUCUUUGCAGUCGUCUCUUCGUUCUUGCUUUGCUUUACUUUCCCUCCCUCGGAAGGGUUUUGUUUUGUACUCUGAUUUUGUGCCACGUGGCUACAUGAGUUGAUGUUUAUCGAGUUCAUUGGUCAAUAUUUGACCCAUUCUUAUUUCACUUUCUCCUUUUAAAUAUGUAGAUGAGAGAAAAACCUCAUGAUUCUACCAAAAUUUUUAUCAACAGCUGUUUAAAGUCUUUGUAGCGUUUAAAAAAAAUAUAUAUAUAUAUACAUAACUGUUAUGUAGUUCGGAUAGCUUAGUUUUAAAAGACUGAUUAAAAAACAAAAA